AUGGCAGACUGCAUCAUGGAGGGCGACAUCGACAAGAUCGCCAAGGGCUGGUCGAUCGCCAUGCGCUACUCGGAGGAGCGUCUGAAGAGAGUCUACGACCUCGACAACGAGAAGCUGGACGCUGCCAUUCACGAGGGCAGGCUGGUCUUGGAGACCGUCUGCCUGUUUGUCCAUGCCUGCGUGAAGCAUGGCCAGUACAAAUUACCUCUGGAGUUCUGGCGGAUACUGCACGCUGAAUAUGGCAUCGUCGUGUAUCCUACCGCGUUUACGGAGGAUGUUGAUGUGCAUGGUGUUGGGACCGACUGCACGUUUACGGAUGCUUACUGUGGGCACAUUACCAUGUUUGGGCGGUGCACUUCUGCACACCCGCCGCCGUGCCCCUUUCAGUACCUGCGCGAGCCACCCCCGGUAUACGAGAAAGUGUGCAGCUGCCAGGUAGACUCAGUAGAGUCAAUAGAGUUGGAUGCAUAA